CGGGUCUCUAGGUGGGAAGGAACAGAGAGGAGACUUCAGGAUCCCAAACUGAGGAACCAGAGUGUUUAUUAUAUGUUACAUGUUCUGUAUUCUCACUGAUCACUGAAGAUGGACACGGACAAGAUUCAGAAGAUGGAGAGGAUAAUAAAUCUCUCCCUGAAGAUCAUCUACCUGCUGACUGGGGAGGAGUACACAUUAGUGAGGAAGACAUCCGGCGAGCAUGAGACAACCAGCAGUCGCACCCUUGUGUCAGGUGGACUAAGCAGGACCCAGAGCCCCAUCCUGGUGCCUCCAUUUUACUCGCUGAUACAUGAGAGAGACAAUAACCAGGAGAUCCUGGAACUCACCAACAAGAUCUUUCAGCUGCUGACUGGAGAGGAGGGGAAGUAUAUAGAGGAACACAGGGGUCUGUACAAGGACGUGAUGAUGGAGAAUCACCGGCCCCUCACAUCACUGGAUGGGCCCAGUAACAGAGAUACCCCAGAGAGAUGUCCCCAUCCUCUGUAUUCCCAGGAUAGUACAGAGGAGAAUCACAGGAUCCCACAGGAGGAACAGAGUGAAGAUGUAAUGGAUAUUAAGGUAGAAGUUAUAGAGGGAGAAGAAGAGACGUAUGUGACUGAUAUAAAGGCAGAAGAUAUAGAGGGAGAAGAAGAGAUGUAUGUAACUGAUAUAAAGACAGAAGAUAUAGAGGGAAAAAAAGAGAUGCACGUGACUGAAAGGAAGGUAGAAGAUACAAAGAUUGAAGAGACGUAUGUGACUGAUAUAAAGGCAGAAGAUACAGAGGGAGAAGAAGAAACGUAUGUGACUGAUAUGAAGGUAGAAGAUACAGAGGGAGAAGAAGAGACGUAUGUGACUGAUAUAAAGGCAGAAGAUAUAGAGGGAGAAGAAGAGACGUAUGUGACUGAUAUAAAGGCAGAAGAUAUAGAGGGAGAAGAAGAGACGUAUGUGACUGAUAUAAAGGCAGAAGAUAUAGAGGGAGAAGAAGAGACGUAUGUGACUGAUAUAAAGGCAGAAGAUAUAGAGGGAGAAGAAGAGACGUAUGUGAGGAGUGAUCAGCAGUGUAAGGAGGAGGAAAUCCCUACAGAUAUCUGCACAGCAGAUGGAUGUAGCAGCUGGAAUGUCUCAGAGGAUCAUCUCACUUUAUAUCCAGAUGGUGAAAUAGAAGAAAAAAAUGUCACCCAAGAAUCUCCAGAAGAAAUCCCUCUUACCCCAGUUAUACAUGUGGCACAUCACCGUGCAGAUAUAUCAUCUGGUUCUUCUGAUCAUGGGGAAUGUUCUCCUGAUAACUCUGAUUCAUCUGUUACAGCUCUAAGAGUAGAUACAGUGUUCCCCUCUACUACAGAUGCCAAAUGUUUUACACAGGACACACAGCUUAUUACCCAUCAGCCACAGAAGAUGCCAUUUCCAUGUGUUGAGUGUGGGAAAUGUUUUAGACAGAAAUCACAACUUGUUAGACAUCAGAGAAGUCACACAGGUGAGAAGCCAUUUCCAUGUUCUGAGUGUGGGAAAUGUUUUAGACAGAAAUCACAUCUUGUUAUACAUCAGAGAAGUCACACAGGUGAGAAGCCAUUUCCAUGUUCUGAGUGUGGGAAAUGUUUUAGACAGAAAGCAUAUCUUGUUACACAUCAGAGAAGUCACACAGGUGAGAAGCCAUUUCCAUGUUCUGAGUGUGGGACAUGUUUUAGACAGAAAUCAGAUCUUGUAAAACAUCAGAGAAGGCACACAGGGGAGAAGCCAUUUCCAUGUUCUGAGUGUGGAAAAUGUUUUAUACAGAAAUCAGAUCUUGUAAAACAUCAGAGAAGUCACACAGGUGAGAAACCAUUUCCAUGUUCUGAGUGUGGAAAAUGUUUUGCAAUUCAAUCACAUCUUGUUAAACAUCAGAGAAGUCACACAGCGGAGAAGCCAUUUCCAUGUUUUAAGUGUGGGAAAUGUUUUAUACAGAAAACAGAUCUUGUAAAACUUCAGCGAAACCACAGCAAGAAAGUGUCCAAUGUUCUCCAGGAGUUGUGUUCCACCACAAAUGCAAUGGCUAGCCUCCUGCUUGGUCCUAUGGGUCUCCUGAAGUUGGUGGGGUCAGUAGAUCCAAGAGAUUCUUCAUCUGCCAUGAAUCAUACAGAUCGUAUUCUUCCAGCAAAUGUGACAAAGCACAAGCAAGGAAACCUGUGCUGUCUAGCUUUGGGGGCAUACAGUGACAUAAAGAAAUACAUAGUAGUGAGGAAGACAUCCGGCCAGCAUGAGAUAACCAGCAGUUCCUCCCUUGUGUCAGGAGGACAAAGCAGGACCCAGAGCCCCAUCCUAGUGCCUUCACCUCACUCACUGAUACAUGAUAUACACAAUGACCAGAAGAUCCUGGAACUCACCAACAAGAUCAUUCAGCUGCUGACUGGAGAGGAGGCGGAGUAUAUAGAGGAACAUAGGGGUCUGUACAAGGACGUGAUGAUGGAAAAUCACCGGCCCCUCACAUCACUGGAUGGACCCAGUAACAGAGAUACUCCAGAGAGAUGUCCCCGUCCUCUGUAUUCCCAGGAUUGUACAGAGGAGAAUCACAGGAUCCCACAGGAGGAUCAGAGUGAAGAUCUGAUAGAUAUGAAGACAGAAGAUACAGAGGGAGAAGAAGAGACAUAUGUGACUGAUAUGAAGGCAGAAGAUAUAGAGGGAGAAGAAGAGACGCAUGUGACUGAUAUAAAGGCAGAAGAUAUAGAGGGAGAAGAAGAGACAUAUGUGACUGAUAUGAAGGCAGAAGAUAUAGAGGGAGAAGAAGAGACGUAUGUGACUGAUAUGAAGGCAGAAGAUAUAGAGGGAGAAGAAGAGACGCAUGUGACUGAUAUAAAGGCAGAAGAUAUAGAGGGAGAAGAAGAGACAUAUGUGACUGAUAUGAAGGCAGAAGAUAUAGAGGGAGAAGAAGAGACGUAUGUGACUGAUAUAAAGGCAGAAGAUAUAGAUGGAGAAGAAGAGACGUAUGUGACUGAUAUGAAGGCAGAAGAUAUAGAUGGAGAAGAAGAGAUGUAUGUGACUGAUAUGAAGACAGAAGAUACAGAGGGAGAAGAAGAGACAUAUGUGACUGAUAUGAAGGCAGAAGAUAUAGAGGGAGAAGAAGAGACGCAUGUGACUGAUAUAAAGGCAGAAGAUAUAGAGGGAGAAGAAGAGACGUAUGUGACUGAUAUGAAGGCAGAAGAUAUAGAGGGAGAAGAAGAGACAUAUGUGACUGAUAUGAAGGCAGAAAAUAUAGAGGGAGAAGAAGAGACAUAUGUGACUGAUAUGAAGGCAGAAGAUAUAGAAGGAGAAGAAGAAACGUAUGUGACUGAUAUAAUGGCAGAAUAUAUAGAGGGAGAAGAAGAGACGUAUGUGACUGAUAUAAAGACAGAAGAUACAGAGGGAGAAGAAGAGACGUAUGUGACUGAUAUGAAAGCAGAAGAUAUAGAGGGAGAAGAAGAGACAUAUGUGACUGAUAUGAAGGCAGAAAAUAUAGAGGGAGAAGAAGAGACAUAUGUGACUGAUAUGAAGGCAGAAGAUAUAGAAGGAGAAGAAGAAACGUAUGUGACUGAUAUAAUGGCAGAAUAUAUAGAGGGAGAAGAAGAGACGUAUGUGACUGAUAUAAAGACAGAAGAUACAGAGGGAGAAGAAGAGACGUAUGUGACUGAUAUGAAAGCAGAAGAUAUAGAGGGAGAAGAAGAGACAUAUGUGACUGAUAUGAAGGCAGAAGAUAUAGAGAGAGAAGAAGAGACGUAUGUGACUGAUAUAAAGGCAGAAGCUAUAGAUGGAGAAAAAGAGACAUAUGUGACUGAUAUGAAUGCAGAAGAUAUAGAGGGAGAAGAAGAGACGUAUGUGACUGAUAUAAAGGCAGAAGAUAUAGAUGGAGAAGAAGAGACCUAUGUGACUGAUAUAAAGGCAGAAGAUAUAGAUGGAGAAGAAGAGAUGUAUGUGACUGAUAUGAAAGCAGAAGAUAUAGAGGGAGAAGAAGAGACAUAUGUGACUGAUAUGAAGGCAGAAAAUAUAGAGGGAGAAGAAGAGACGUAUGUGACUGAUAUGAAGGCAGAAGAUAUAGAGAGAGAAGAAGAGACGUAUGUGACUGAUAUAAAGGCAGAAGCUAUAGAUGGAGAAAAAGAGACAUAUGUGACUGAUAUGAAUGCAGAAGAUAUAGAGGGAGAAGAAGAGACGUAUGUGACUGAUAUAAAGGCAGAAGAUAUAGAUGGAGAAGAAGAGACCUAUGUGACUGAUAUAAAGGCAGAAGAUAUAGAUGGAGAAGAAGAGAUGUAUGUGACUGAUAUGAAAGCAGAAGAUAUAGAGGGAGAAGAAGAGACAUAUGUGACUGAUAUGAAGGCAGAAAAUAUAGAGGGAGAAGAAGAGACGUAUGUGACUGAUAUGAAGGCAGAAGAUAUAGAGAGAGAAGAAGAGACGUAUGUGACUGAUAUAAAGGCAGAAGCUAUAGAUGGAGAAAAAGAGACAUAUGUGACUGAUAUGAAGGCAGAAAAUAUAGAGAGAGAAGAAGAGACGUAUGUGACUGAUAUGAAGGCAGAAGAUAUAGAGAGAGAAGAAGAGACGUAUGUGACUGAUAUGAAGGCAGAAGAUAUAGAGGGAGAAGAAGAGACGUAUGUGACUGAUAUAAAGGCAGAAGCUAUAGAUGGAGAAAAAGAGACAUAUGUGACUGAUAUGAAGGCAGAAGAUAUAGAGGGAGAAGAAGAGACGUAUGUGACUGAUAUAAAGGCAGAAGAUAUAGAGGGAGAAGAAGAGACGUAUGUGACUGAUAUAAAGAAAGAAGAUAUAGAGGGAGAAGAAGAGACGUAUGUGACUGAUAUGAAGGCAGAAGAUAUAGAGGGAGAAGAGGAGACGUAUGUGACUGAUAUGAAGGCAGAAGAUAUAGAGGGAGAAGAAGAGACGUAUGUGACUGAUAUGAAGGCAGAAGAUAUAGAGGGAGAAGAAGAGACGUAUGUGACUGAUAUGAAGGCAGAAGAUAUAGAGGGAGAAGAAGAGACGUAUGUGAAGGGUGAUCAGCAGUGUAAGGCGGAGACAAUCCCUACAGAUACCAGCACACCAGAUGGAUUUAGCAGCCGGAAUGUCUCAGAGGAUCAUCUUGCUUUAUUUCCAGAUGGUGAAAUAGAAGAAAAUUAUGUCACCCAAGAUUCUCCAGAAAAAAUCCCUCUUACCCCAGUUACACAUCUGGAACAUCACCGUGCAGAUAUAUCAUCUGGUUCCUCUGAUCCUGGGGAAUGUGCUCCUGAUAACUCUGAUAAUGGUGCAUCUGUAACAGCUCAGAGAGUAGAUACAGUGUUUCUCUCUAAUAUAGAUGCUAAAUGUAUUACACAUAACACAGAGCCUGUUACCUGUCAGCCAGGGAAGAGGCCAUUUCUAUGUUCUGAGUGUGGGAAAUGUUUUACAAAGCCAUCACAUUUUGUUAUACAUCAGAGAAGUCACACAGGUGAGAGGCCAUUUCCAUGUCUUGAGUGUGGAAAAUGUUUUACACAGAAAUCAUCUCUUGUUACACAUCAGAGAAGUCACACAGGUGAGAGUCUAUUUCCAUGCUCUGAGUGUGGGAAAAAUUGUACAAGGUCAUCAUAUCUUGUUAUACAUCAGAGAAGUCACACAGGUGAGAGGCCAUUUCCAUGUUCUGAGUGUGGGAAAUGUUUUAGAGAGAAAUCAGUUCUUGUUACACAUCAAAGAAGUCAUACAGGUGAGAGUCCAUUUCCAUGCUCUGAGUGUGGGAAAUGUUUUACAAGGCCAUCCUAUCUUGUUAUACAUCAGAGAAGUCACACAGAUGAGAGGCCAUUUCCAUGUCUUGAGUGUGGAAAAUGUUUUACACAGAAAUCAUCUCUUGUUACACAUCAGAAAAGUCACACAGGUGAGAGUCCAUUUCCAUGCUCUGAGUGUGGGAAAAGUUUUACAAGGUCAUCAAAUCUUGUUAUACAUCAGAGAAGUCACACAGGUGAGAAGCCAUUUCCAUGCUCUGAGUGUGGGAAAAGUUUUACAAGUAAAUCAUAUCUUGUUAGACAUAAGAGAAGUCACACAGGUGAGAGGCCAUUUCCAUGCUCUGAGUGUGGGAAAUGUUUUAAACAGAAAUCAUAUCUUGUUACACAUCAGCGAAGUCACACAGGUGAGAAGCCAUUUCCAUGUCUUGAGUAAGUGGAGUUACUCAGGUGGUACUAUGUGUGUUUGCAAGUGAGAUUAUUUUAUUUAAAAAUUAAACAGCAUAGUGUGUCUCA